GUUUACUGCAUCAUGUUGUGGCUUUAUCCCUGGAUUUCUUUGCACAGGUUAAAGUUGAUCCCAGGCUAAAAGCUGAUCCCAGGCUAACUCAGGUUAGAAGCUGAUCCCAGGCUCAGUUUAGAAACUGAUCCCAGGCUAACUCCCCUCUGCUUCACUGUUUUCAAUGCUCUCCUGACACCCUGAGAUAACUUUUCAUUUUCCUUCCUUGCCAGCUGGUGCCAUGUGUAACUCCACAGGCCCUGGGAUUUUUUAGCUGCAAAUGUCACCCAUAACCCAGGAGCAGGAGCCCACUCGUGUGCUUCACCAGGGAGGCAGUCAAACCUCAGUGUCCCUAAGGGAAAGAGGUGACAUGGGGACAUGAAUGCAGGAUCAGCCUGCAUGUGGCUUUAGCAGUGUCUCUGCCAGGCUUCAGAUGUGACCAGCUCUCCUGCUUUCCGUGCAGAGCAGACACCAUCCAUUAGCUGGGGAAAUAGCUUUCUAAAAAUAACCUUUCCCUAAGUCCGGUGCUGCACUUUAACUCCCUCAGACCCCAGAAGAAGGCCUCCCGUUUCUCCCCACUUCGGACAGGCUUUCCAGCAUAUUCAGGAGUCCUUUUCUGCUGACUCAGUAGUUUCUGAUGGCUCCCAGAUGUUCACCUGGCACCAGUGUCAAGGGCCUGAUGUGUUCAAAAGGAGGUUGUGCUCCUCUCGAACCCUUGAAAUCAACAGCAGAGGCUUCCUCAGCUGACUGUCAGCUGAUAAUUUUCUGUGAAUAAAGUCAAACCCCAGCUCAAAGGCAGUGUGAUUUCAGCCUCCCUGGGUGAGGCAUUGCCCAGCCCUGCAGGGCACUGGGACAGCCUGGGCAGGAGCACACACGCCCCAGUGCUUCUUUGCACCUGGGCAUGAGGAUACUGAGAGGCAGAUGGAUGGACAUCUGAAAUCUGUGGCAGCCUUCUGAAACACCUGCACUGAGCCACAAGAGUUCCUGCACGAAAACCCAGCAUCACCUUCAUCUCUGCUUCAGCUGGCAGCAUGACUCCUGCCCUGCCUUGGAUCAUUCCUCUUGGAUGUGUGCUGCUGCUGACAAAGACAGCUGAGUGCUUUAUCUUGCCCAACUCGAGUCACCUGGAGAGCAUCCUGAGUAAAUACCAGGAUGGGGAAGCCCACUCCAGGUCCAAGAGAGCCAUUUUAUUCUCAGACAGGCAGGAGAUACUGAUGCUCCACAAUAAACUGAGAGGUCAGGUGUACCCAGUGGCCUCUAACAUGGAACACAUGACCUGGGAUGAGGAGCUGGAACGCUCAGCACACGCCUGGGCUCAGCAGUGCAUCUGGGACCACGGGCCCAGCGACCUCAUCAGGUCAAUUGGGCAGAACCUGGCAGUUCACUGGGGCAGGUAUCGAUCUCCAGCAUUCCACGUGCAGUCCUGGUAUGAUGAAGUGAAAGAUUACACCUUCCCAUACCCCCACGAGUGCAACCCGUGGUGCCCAGACAGGUGUACAGGUGCCAUGUGCACACAUUACACCCAGAUAGUCUGGGCCACCACCAACAGGAUUGGCUGUGCUGUGCAUGUCUGCAAGCAGAUGAAUGUGUGGGGAGAGAUCUGGGAGAACGCCGUCUACCUGGUCUGCAACUACUCCCCCAAGGGCAACUGGAUUGGAGAAGCUCCAUACAAGACCGGCCGUCCCUGCUCCGAGUGCCCGCCGAGCUAUGGGGGGAGCUGCCAGAACAACCUCUGCUACAAAGAUCACCGUUAUGAAGAUCCCAUCAUUGCUGAGACAGACGAGACCAACGAGGUGGAGAUCCCGCAGGUGGCGGAGCAGAAGCCGGUGCAGUUCCACCUUCCAGAAAACAAACCCAGCAAAACCAUCCAGCCCAAGAAAACCACCCCAGAGUCCUACAUGACACAAGUCAUUACCUGUGAAACAAAGAUGAGAGACAAGUGCAGAGGCUCAACGUGCAACAGGUAUUUGUGCCCAGCUGGCUGCUUGUACAGUAAGGGAAAGAUCUUUGGAACAUUUUAUUACGAAAGUUCCUCCAGCAUAUGUCGCGCUGCAAUCCACUACGGAAUCCUGGACAACAAAGGAGGGCUGGUGGAUAUCACGAGGAAAGGGAGGACUCCUGCUUUUGUGAAAUCCACCAGGAAUGGUGUGGAGUCAUUCAGGAAAAGUAAACCUUCGAAUGCAUUCAUGGUUUCCAAAGUCACAACACAGACUCUGGACUGUUACACCACAGUAGCUGAACUGUGCCACUUCAAAAAGCCAGCGAGCCACUGCCCAAGGAUUUACUGCCCAGCCCACUGCAAGGACGAGCCCUCGUACUGGGCGCCCGUGUUCGGCACCAACGUUUACGCCGAUAGCUCCAGUAUCUGCAAAACUGCAGUGCACGCAGGGGUGAUUUCAGAUGAAAGAGGAGGCUUUGUGGACGUGAUGCCUGUAGAAAAGAAGAAAGCCUACGUUGGCUCCUUAAAGAACGGCGUCCAGUCAGAGAGCUUGAAGAAUCCUUCAGAUGGGAACGCCUUCCGAAUCUUUGCUGUGAAGCAGUAAAAGCCCCCAGGGAAGGUGCAGGUUUCUUUGGGAGAGCUCUCUGUUGAUCUCCAGAGACGCCAAAGCUCCUCUGAACGGCAUCAGCUCUGCCCGUACCCUCCUUGCCGAUCUCCUUCAGGGAAUUCCAAAAGAAAAGGGGAAAACAAAACAAAAAAAAACCCCAAAAAAAGACCCCAGGUUCUGACUCAGCUGUUGGCAUCUCAUCGCACCCGUGCAGCGUUGUAUCUUUUUGUCUCAUGUUUUUUUGUUUCUCUAGGGGCAUUCAGCGACCAUAAACUGUUCUAGGUUUCAUUUUGCCAGAGGUGUUGCUACGCAGGACGGUGGUGGCUCCACGUGCAGCAGAUUCAGGGAUCUCAGCCUGGCCCUGGGUGGUGUUUUUAGGGUGUGAAGCUUCUCCUAGGAUGGGUGUGAGGAAGAGCAGACUCGGGAGUGAGCGGCUGUCCAGGCGCUGGGCACUUUGACAUGAGAAACUCAUUGAAAAAUUGCAUUGUUUGGGGAGAGGAUGGGCUUUGACAGAGUGAUUUUGUGUAUGUUGGAUGGUUUCUGUGCAAAUAAGGAUAAAAAGUGGUGUUUUCCCACUGAGGUGAUGUGCAGCAGCACUGCUGUGUGAGGCUGCGGGGUACCUCGAACGAUGGGGUUUGGGGAUGUUCUUGGCAGCCAAAAUUGAGGUUUUGUGGGCCUGGGGCAGGGUGUAAAACGGUGGCAGAGAUCCUCACUGCAGAAAAUGAGGCCACCAGAUCAUCCAAAGAGCAGGUUUGGUGUUUGCUGGUCAAACACUCCCAGGUAUUUUGGCAACCUCUGAGCAGUCAGAGAAUUGGGGCUCCUGUGCUGGCACGUCUCAUCCUAUACUCCACGCCAUAACUUCAGUUAAAUGCAGUGUAUUGGUUUAUACAGCAGUGCUGGUUGUUUUAUAGUAGUUGAGUAGUGAUAAAAUUAAUCUUAUUUCUGCUAGGAAUGGUUGCAUCUGUAGGAAACAGGUUCGCUUUCCCUUUGUGAAGCUCCUUGUGUUGUGUGCAGUUCUGAGACAUUAGAGAUGCAGCAUAAAUUGGGGUAGAUUAACUUUUCCUGUCCAACUUUCAGUACAAAUGUUGUACCUGUGAGCAUUUGAUAUCCAGGAUGGUGGUUUUGCAAAACUCAUAAGGUGUUGCAAUGGUGUUGUUUCAUAUUUUGGUAAUUUUGUCUUGAUGUGCACCCAAAUGCAUUUCAAAGCCUAGAGAAGGCUCAGCAUGAGCUGCUUUUAAAGGCAGAAGGACAUUCUCUGCUGCGUAUUGGAAAUGAAUUUUUACGAUUGGUCUAAACACAAAUCUGGUGGGUUUUGAUACGCACACAUCCAAUAACUUCAUCAAUCAUGAGAGGACAAAGCCAACAGUGGUUCUCCAGUUCUUGUAAAUGCGCAGUCCUUCCGUUCAAUAACUGAAUUGUAAUAAUGGAUAACAAAUGGGAAAAUAUUUCCCUCUGUUUGGCAGAUGUUUCACAGCUGCUCUUAGGCCCAGAAUAUGUUUGGUUUAAUCUAGACAGACAUAAGCAUUUAUAUGAUUAAAUGCUUCGUUAAAAUCUGUAAACACCAUGAAAUCAGCCAGGAAAUGACAUUUAAAUGACAUUCAUCUGUUUGUCCCACCACCGGGAUUUAUUUCUCCCUAAAACCUGAAUUUGGAAAGAAACCUUUUGUAAAACCUGAAAUUGGAGCUGCUUUUCACUGUCUCCAGAAAUACUGCACAGAAAAGCUACUUUUGGGGUGGAUAGAGAGAAGUGAGCCUUCGUGUCAUCUUUGUUAACGUAGUAUUGUUGUCUGAGGUGUACAGUAUUGACUUUAGAUAGGAAAACUGAACCAUCUCCUUUUCUUACUAAAUAAAUUGAUGUUAAAACCAGCUGGAACGUAUCCUAGAAAAGCUGCUGGUUGGGAGCUGUUGAGAUGUUGGCAGUGAGGAAAAGCUGCCCCGUUUCUGCCCGCCAUGAAGCGUUGGGGUGAGCGUGAUCUGGUUCCAGCCCAUCCAACACUGCAGCAAGAUUCUGGGACAUCCCGGGCCAAAUGGGCUGGGAAUGGAACUGGGGAGAGUGAGAGGUGCAGUCAGGUUCAUGGGGACUGCAGGAGCACAUAAAACACCUCGACUCUAGUGUAGGAUCCAUGAAAAUUACAAUGGAAGGUGAUGGAAAGGACUGUGAGGGCUCUUGGAGUAAAACCCAGGGGAUUACUGAGAGCACAUAAAAGUCCAAACAGCUGGGGAUGUACCUAGGUGACGGAAAAGGGACAGGGGAAGGGUUAUUAUUCCAACAGAAAUAUCCUAAAAUGCUUAAUUCAAGUUACAAUUGCGUAUUUUUAUCUUCAGCCAACUGGUUUGGAUUUUUAGAAACCGAUGUUAAUUUAAGUCUGUAUCUGUUUAUUUUUGUAUUUGUUGUACAAAAGAGAAAUUGUGACUUUACUACACAAAUAUUUUUCGAGGUCCUGGGUGCUAUUAAUUUAAACAUACCUCCCCCAGAAUUAGGGGUGAUCAGGUCCUCCAAGGCAGUCAUGACCUAUCAAUGACUUGCAAUCAUGUGUGCUAGCUAUUCAUGAAUAGGUGGGACAGUACCAGUUUUUUAGCCAAAUAUUGACAGAUUUUAUUUCUGAUACCGAGACAUUUUCUCAGCCUGCUAUAUUUCAGUGCAGCUUAAAGAUGCAUCAUGUCUGUAUCUCACCAGGCCCUCUCCUCCUCAGCCCCAGCUCAGCAGAUCUGUAGGCACCUGAAGCAUCCAGGUGCAGCCAAAGCUGGUGCUGCCUGGUUGUUCUUUUCCAAUAAUUUGGGGUUUGGAAGCAAUGGCAUGGGCAUUGCAGAACACCUGGCUCAGCCCAAUCUCCAGGAAACACAACCAGGGUGAAAUCCAGAGCCUGUGCUUGUGGGGCCUUGGCUCCACUCAUUCCUUCUUUUUAAGACUUCCAGCCACCAGCUGGUUGAGGAGGCUCCAGUUUGUCACUUGUGCAGUCUAAAUAUUUAGGGCCAGUUCAUAGAGUUGCUUUCCUUUUUUUUUUUUUUCUAUGAAAAAUGGUGUAUUUUACUUCCUAUGUAUAAAAGUUACUUGUAAAUUUUUGUGUGCCUUUGCAUGUUUUCCAAGGGGCCGUGGUUGUUUAUAAACUAGAUUUUUUUUUUUGUCUAAAUACAGAAUUGUAAAAUAUCUUUUCCUCCCUACCCUUCCAUUUUCUUUUGAUUUCUGAAUUAUUUGUGAAAUAAAACCUU